UUCAAGAUGGCAGGAAGAGAGUUUCUUGAACCAGAUGCUCCGCAGCAAAGACUAUAUUUGGAAAAAUUUAAGCGGAUGGAAGUCAUACAAAAGAUUUUCAAUGAGCUUCCUAAAGCAGAUCAGAACCUUUGUAAUCACGGAUCGUACUUCCUCGCAGCAAACUCAAGCUUAUGUGGCUUGGCCGCAAAUAAUUUCUUCAGGAACAUCCUGCACAUCAGAAGGGCUUUCAUGCUCUCUGCUGUGCCAAUGGCUGUUGUUCCGUUCCUUUCAACAGCAGCAGUUUACGAAGUUUUUGUGCGUGAGCCUUUAUUUUCAGGUGAGCUAAGCUGUGAGGUCUGCGCUGUGGUCAGAGGAGGACUGAUAGGGGCUGUCGUGGGUGGGUUCUACCCCGUUUUCCUGGCUCUCCCCAUGAACGCAAGCCUUGCCGCCAGGUACUCUUCAUCUCCCUUGCCAGGGAAGGAAAACGUGUUACGCUUCUGGCUCACAACUGCUCAGCCGGUCUUUAGAAAGAUGAGUUUGGGUGUACUUGUACAGGUUCUAACUGGAUUGUAUCUUGCCACUAAGCAUCACGGAAUAUAUGUCAAAAUACUGCAGCACAUGAACGCCAGCAGGGAUCCUGAAGAGUUACAAGGAUGAAGUUAAGCAACUUUUCAAUUGCCUUGGAUAAGUAACUGUAAUAAACAA